AUUGUUGCGGAAGUGAAAAGCCUACGUGUGGAAGAAAGGUUGGUCACCGUGGUUGACUAGUUUUCCCGGAGUCCACGAUUAUGUCCAAUCCAACAUAGCUACCUCCUCGCCCACCCAACUGACUUCGGGCAAAUGGAUGGUCCGAGCCGCCGCCGGGCCAUACAAAACAAAAUGGGACAAGGAGGAGCCGCCGACGGGCUGUAAUGCUGCGGCGCGCGUGUCUGGGUCCUCGGCAGGUGCUGAGUCUGAUGGCUCGGAGACCGGCUCUCCUGUGCGGGGCCAUCGUGCUCGGAGUUCUGCUCGUAUUGGCCGUCAAGUUCACAUCCAGUCGUGCAAAUAACGUGGUAGCUGCUGCUCGACCACCGCUGCGCUUUUUCUCCCCCGACUCUCCAGUCGUGGAUCUCUACUUGGGUCAGCUUGAUCAGAUGGAACGUCUCAGGAGUGUGGCCGAGGUGUCUUUUGUCUUCUUCUACGCACCGUGGUGCGCUCACUCCAUGGCGGCCAGACAGGAAGUUCAGCUGGUAGCAAAGAAACUAGCAAAACAGGUGCAGUUUGUGGCCAUAAACUGCUGGUGGAGUCAAGGCAAGUGCAGGAGGCUCAACCAUUUCUACAAGUAUCCCACCAUCCACCUCUUUUACCAACGGUUCGGGCCUAUCGAGUACAAGGGUCCGUUCGUGGCGGCCUAUGUGGAAAACUUUAUCCUCAAAGUGAUCACGCCUCUCACAUACCUCCCGUCAAGAAAUGCUCUGCAGGACUUCCUUUCUUGUCAUGAGCCGCGAGUGGUGGGCUUCUUCCAGUUUAACUCGUCGCCUCAGCCGCCUGGUUAUAUCACGUUCCUCGCCUCGGCACUGCAGGCCCUGAAAAGAGGUAAAGCGAUCGACUUGAGUACCCGCUUUGUAGUAUUUGAGUAUUCAGUCCCGGCGUCACGUCCAGAUUUUCGGGGCGUGGUCCGAUUCGGGGUGGUCACCACCAGACAGGUGGCAGAUGUCAUCUCGCUCAAAGAGGAUGCAAGCGUUUACCUCCACAGAAGAUUUAACACUUCUUUGAUUUUCCCUCGAUGGGAACGCAACUUCACAUCGCGCGCUGUAUGCGGCUGGGUGUUUGAAAACCACGAGAGCGUUCUGCAGUGGCUGCAGCCGCCCGGCACCAAGUCUCGGCUACUGGAGCAGGAACUGAGCAAAGGGGCCGCGCUAUUGCUUUUCCUUCCGCACGAUCCCCUCGUCUCCGAGCCCAACGGCCUCCUGCGGCAGUUUGCAGAUGUGGCUUUGCGCUAUCACUCCUGCGACACUCCGUCGCCAUCCAGGGCGCCGUGCUGCCACUCCGCCCUCGGCCCCGACUCCACCGUGCGCUGCGAGGUGUGCCCGACGUCUCCGGCGCGUUGCUCGUUCCCCUCCACUUCGCAGUCCGGACGUAAGCGCUGCUGCCUUCACCUCGACUGUCGUAGCUUCGUGCUCAGCUACAACCCGCUGAGCCGACACAGUGCCUGCUGCGGGAAAGUCCGUCCUCAUCUUAGCGACAGCUCAAAAACCAAAGAAACGUCCCAUGUGCAAAACUCUUCGUCCGAUGCCCUCAAGGGGCUUCGCUGUCAGACCAACAAGACGCUCAGGUUCUACGUGUUGGACAUGGAGCUCAACUGGCCGCUGGCGGUGAGGCUCGGGGCGCCGGGAAACGUCAACGUCUCUUCGUGGCGCCAUCGAGGAGCCGGCGCGCAGGGCGACGACUCCUUCGCCACCAUCGUGAACCUGAAGGACGAGGUGCAUUACGUGCUACAGCGCAGCCCCGCCGCCACACUCACCGAGUCGCUCGAGGCCUUCAUCAUGAACUUCAGCGCCCCCUACAGCCUCCUGCACAGACACUUGGUGGGCGAGCAGCCCAGCGAACAAACAGUCUCGAGUCGCAACGAAUCCCAGCAGCACCCUGAGCCUCCGCGGCCGCUCAUUACCGAGCUAACCACGUCGUCCUUCCUGCCCUGCGUCAUGGAUGCUGAAAAGGACGUGCUGCUUUUCUACUACACUCAGUGGUGCGGCUUCUGCUCUGCUCUCAACCACAUCUUCAUCCAGCUGGCUCGAAUGCUGCAGCGCGACGCCAGCGUCAUUAUCGCGAGGGUGAAUGUUGCACGUAACGACCUCCCGUGGGAGUUCAUGGUGGAUCGGGUUCCCGCCAUUCUUUUCUUCCCACGAUACAGAAAACAGCAGAGCGUGAAAUUCCCGGAUGAUCUUCCCAUCACUCUUCCACACCUCCUUCGCUUCAUCCUCAAGCAUUCCAGCUCAACCCCAUACCAGGGUGAACCCCCGUCAUCGGACGCUUCGGGACUGGACCACGCCGUCCUCCGGGCAGAGUUGGAAGCCCUCCAACGCGAGGUACGGACGCUGCAUCAAGCCCGCGAGCUGCUUUCCCAGCAGCUAGCGCAGCUUUGGCGAGAAAACCGGCGGCUGCGCUUGGACGCUCGCGGACUGGAAGUUCAGAACGCCGAGCUGCGGCAGGAGCAGCUCCACCUGGAGGAACAGCGGCGGGAGAAGGACCGACAACUGGCCGAGGCACUGCGGCGGCUGCGGGAGCUGACCGACGCCUCGGAGAACCUGCUCAACCAGAACAUCAUGCUCAAGAUGAUGCUCAAGUCCUUGAAGGAAACUGCGGAGGCUGAAGUCGUGGAGGAGGAGCAGGCCGACGCGGGGAAGCAAGCGGCAAGCCACUUGGCCUCCUGACGGUUGCUACGGGACACUCCAGCACCCGGAUGUGAAGGGAUGAAUCGGCGAACGCCGUGAAAAUUGCUAGGACAGUGGUACCUCCACUCACAGGUAGGGCCCGACCGAUUAAAUCGGCAAAAAUUGGCCUAUCUUUUUUUCCGAUAUUUUAUUUUAACACAUAACCAGACAAGGUUAAGACAAUGAUUUUCAAAUAACAACAUUGCCUCUUUGAAACCCCCCCCUUCACUUCAACAAAAUACCAAAUAUUUUAAUUUUAAAUUCUUUAUGGGGUAAAAUCUGACUUAUUACACUUUUUAAAAACAGUUAAUUUCUUUAUAAUGUCCAUUUAAUUUAUUACGUUUGAUGCAAUGCAGUUUUUUGUUGAACCACACAUCAAAAAGUCAUUUUUUUGGGGCUAAUAAUGGUAUUUCAAUUUAAUUCAGUGGUUGUAAUUUGAUGUCUUAUUGUGUCCAACACUUUUAAUUUUACAAUUAGAGACGUUUGGCAAAACAUUUUUGAUUUUGUAGACUAAUUAAUUUAAAAUUUUUGCACUAUUUUUUUGUUUGGUUUUGUUUUGCGUGGGGCGACACAAAACCACAGUGACAAAUCAGAACUCCUCGGUGGUGGGUCAUAGGUAAGAAUAUUGCAAAGUAUAUGAAGUUUUAGAUUUAAGUGCCAACGACUCCAUCUUCCUUCCUUGCUUGGUGUCUGACAAGUGUACAUGACUUCAAUUUGAACACAUGAGUGUUCCAAAGGUGGAUCUAUUUUUACACUUUGAAUCACUGAAGUGUUAUUUCAAUUUAACAAUUCAGGUAAUGAGAUGCUGCAAUAGUGUAUGUGUGAAAUAUUGAAUCGUUGUUGUUUUUUUUUACUAAUUAAAUUUCAUUUUGUCUUUGC